UUGAGUCAGACCGCUAUUAUUUCACCAGCACGACUAGCAGCUAGCAGCAGCGGCCAGGCUGAAUGAUCUAGAAGCUCAGUAUUUAGUUCAAUAUACACUUCCUCGUCGAGUUACCUUACAUCUUUAGUGAAGCGGAGUGACAACAUGUCCAGGAGACGACACAGCGACAGCGAGAAUGAAGGAGGUCAGGCACAUAAAAGGAGGAGGACGUCGGAGCCCAUUGAAAUUGAAGACCGCCUGGAGUCACUGAUAUGUCGUGUGGGGGAGAAGAGUACAUCGUCUCUGGAGAGCAACUUGGAGGGCCUCGCAGGCGUGUUGGAGGCCGACCUUCCAAACUACAAAAACAAAAUCCUGCGCAUUUUAUGUUCUGUCGCCCGCAUCCUACCUGAGAAGAUGACUGUGUAUACAACUUUAGUUGGCCUCCUGAACGCCAGGAACUACAACUUUGGGGGCGAGUUUGUGGAGGCCAUGAUCAGACAACUCAAGGAGACAUUGAAAAACAACUUGUACCAUGAAGCUGUUCACUUGGUGCGUUUUCUGUCUGACUUGGUCAACUGCCAUGUGAUUGCUGCUCCUUCAAUGGUGGCCAUGUUCGAAAACUUUGUCAGUGUUACUCAAGAGGAAGAUGUACCACAGGUUCGGUCGGACUGGUUUGUGUACGUGGUGCUGUCCUGUCUGCCCUGGGUCGGUAAGGAGCUUUACGAGAAGAAGGAUGUUGAGAUGGACCGUCUUCUCAGCCAGAUCGAAGGCUACCUCAAGGGGCGAGUAAAGACACACGUCCCCAUGCUGCAGGUGUGGACAGCAGAGAAGCCCCACCCACAAGAGGAGUACCUGGACUGCCUUUGGGCCCAGAUUCAGAAGCUAAAGAAAGACCGCUGGCAGGAGCGCCACAUCCUUCGUCCUUACAUCGCCUUCGACAGCGUGCUGUGUGAGGCCCUGCAACACAACCUGCCCCCGUUCACCCCACCGGGCCACAUGCCCGACGGCCAGUACCCCAUGCCUCGGAUCGUCUUCCGCAUGUUCGACUACACCGAUGCCCCAGAGGGUCCCGUUAUGCCCGGCAGCCAUUCUGUGGAGAGAUAUGUCAUAGAAGAAAACCUGCACUGUAUCAUCAAGACUCACUGGAAAGAGAGGAAAACAUGUGCUGCCCAGUUACUUAGCUAUCCAGGGAAAAAUAAGAUCCCGCUCAACUAUCACAUCGUGGAGGUGAUCUUUGGAGAACUCUUCCAGCUGCCAACUGCGCCUCACAUCGACGUCAUGUACACCACGCUGCUUAUUGAACUGUGCAAACUGCAGCCAGGAUCGUUGCCACAAGUUUUGGCCCAAGCCACAGAGAUGCUGUACAUGAGACUGGACACCAUGAACACCAGCUGCAUAGACCGACUAAUCAACUGGUUCUCUCAUCAUUUGAGCAACUUCCAGUUCCGAUGGAGCUGGGAUGACUGGUCUGACUGCUUGACAGUGGAUCUAGAGAAGCCCAAGCCCAAGUUUGUCAAAGAGGUGCUGGAGAAGAGUAUGAGACUUUCAUACCACCAGCGGAUAGUGGAUAUUGUCCCUGCAACCUUCUCAGCUCUCAUCCCAGCUGAACCCAUCUUUACUUACAAAUACGAAGACGAGAGCAGUACUUCGCUACCAGGUCACCCAGCAUCCAUCACUGUUGGAAACGCCAUUAAGAACCGAGCGUCCAACGAAGAGAUCCUGGCCAUCCUCAAAGAGGUGCCCAACCCCAACCAAGAAGAUGAUGAUGACGAGGCAGAGAGCUUCAACCCUCUGAAGAUCGACGUGUUCCUGCAGACUCUGCUCCAUCUGGCGGCCAAAUCCUUCAGCCACUCCUUCAGCGCUCUCGGGAAGUUCCAUGAAAUCCUGAAGGCCCUGACAGACACCGACGAGGGCAAGCUGCACAUCCUCAAGGUGGUUUAUGACGUGUGGAAGAAUCACCCGCAGAUGAUCGCAGUGUUGGUGGACAAAAUGAUCCGGACACAGAUCGUGGACUGCGCUGCUGUGGCCAACUGGCUCUUCUCUCAGGAUAUGGUUCAUGAGUUCACCAGACUUUUCGUUUGGGAGAUUCUGCACUCGACCAUCCGAAAGAUGAACAAACACGUCCAGAAGAUCCAGCAGGAGUUGGAGGAGGCCAAGGACAAACUGGAGAAACAGCAGCAUAAGAGGAGGGACAGCGGGGACGACGAGGACAUGGACAAGAACAGCGAGGAUGAGGAGGGUCAGUUGGAGGAGCAGAUCGAGAGGCUACAGGAGAAGGUGGAGUCGGCUCAGAGCGAACAGAAGAACCUCUUCCUCGUCAUCUUCCAGCGUUUCAUCAUGUUGUUGACGGAGCAUCUGGUUCGCUGUGAGACGGGCAGCGUCGACAUCACCACGCCCUGGUACAAGAACUGUAUCGAGCGGCUGCAGCAGGUCUUCCUCAUGCACCAUGUGACCAUCCAGCAGUACAUGGGAACCCUGGAGAACCUGCUGUUCACCGCAGAGCUCGACCCCCACAUCCUGGCCGUGUACCAGCAGUUCUGUGCCCUCCAGCUCUGAGACACACACGCACACACACGCACACACACGCAUACACACACACACACACACACACAUACACACACACACACACACACUGACACAUGUAAUUGGAUGAAAUGUGUACUUGUGUUCACACAGUACCUGUGCUAAACCGACACAUUAGAAACUACCAGCUCUUGCAUCAAGAAUCUCCUCAUUACAGGUUUUUUUUUUAUUAACGUCUGUUUUGUGUUCGGUGCCAUUCAACAUGUUAGUUUUGUGCGACUACAACGGAGGACGUCUUUCAAUGUAGGAAUUCAAACAAGAGUUUGACAAAUCCUCAUGUCAUUAAUUUGCCGUAGUGUUGUUCAUUUUACUUUUUGCUUGGUUUUCAAUUCUGUUCAUUUUUACAUCCUGCUCGUAUUCUUAUGAAUGGGUCUUUUUAAAACUGUCUGAGUCCAGACGGAGGUGGAGAAAUGAUCAUAGGAAACGAGGUUUCAGGUCGGCUCUGACUGAUUCUGAAUCCAGAGAGCGCUCUACUUUUUUAUAUUUGUUUUAUGUGGAAUUGGAAAAUAAUUAAAACUCUCCAGAGUCUU